AUGAACAUCCGCAUGGGCACCAAGGGCAAGCGGCCCCUGCGGAGCCUGACGCCGCGCGACAAGAUCCAUGCCAUCCAGCGCAUCCACGAUGGCGAGUCCAAGGCCUCGGUGGCCCGGGAUAUCGGUGUGCCGGAGUCCACGUUGCGCGGCUGGUGCAAGAACGAGGAUAAGCUGCGCUUCAUGUCCCGCCAGUCCAGUGCGGACAAACUGUGCGCCGACUCCCUGGCGGAUAAGCUGGAUGUGUCCGGUGGAGGUCCGCUGGGGCCGAUGGGGCCACUGGGUCCGCCAGAGAAGCGCCAGCGCCUGGAUGCGGGCGCCCUGCCCCUGAACUUCUCCAACAAACUGAAGUUUGACGAGUUGGCCGGCUUUAAGCGAUCACCACUCAACGGCCUGGACUACAGUACAAACAAGAACCUGACAGAGUUGAGCUACAAUGGUCUACCGGUGGACUAUGUGGCCUUCAAUGGGGUCAAGAGCAAGGUCUUUGGGGCUGACAUCAAUCGAUCAGGUGCCGCCGCUGAUCCCUCCCUGAAUGCCAUCAGUCCGCUGUCGAGUCUCACGCAUCUCUCGGGACUCACGGGCAUCCAACAGAGUCCGCUGGCGAUCAGCUUCAAUGAGCUGACCAACAACCUCAACCUGCUGGCCCAGCUCAAUCCCGGGCUGGCGGCCAUGUCUGGACUGAGUAACUUUCCCCCCAGGAACCCGAACCCGAAUCCCAAUCCCAAUCCCACUGCCAAUCCCAAGACGCCCCUGCAAGUGCAGAGUCCCAGGAGUGAUAGUGGAGAUCGGGCUCCAUCGGGUUUGUCGGUGAAGAAUUGGGCCAAACAGAAGCCUCCAGGGGAUGCGGGCAGCCUCAAUCUGAGCAUUAAGAAGGAGGUGAAGGCGGGCGACAUCAAGAGUCCCGGAGCUGUGAUCCCACCCCCGCAGAUGAUGACACUAUCCAACCUGGCCGAGGAUCCCUUGCUCUACUGGCUCAAGUCACAGCAGACGAUGCUGGGCCUCAAUCCGCUGUACCCGCCCACAAUCCCACUGGGCGUGACCAGUCCUCCCAUCCGCUCCUCAACGCCUCAGCACAUGAGCCAGCAGCCGGGUCAGACGCCGCCAAUACCCUCAGCGCCGCUGACGCCCUCGUCCACGCCAUCGGGAAGCUUGGAUGAGAAGAAUGCGGCGUGGUACAACUGGUGCAAGGCCUUUGGAGCCAGCCUGCACACCCUUAAUCCCAAUGCUGCGACUUUGGCUGCCCUCCAGGCUAACUCUCUGCAACAGCAAGCGGCCAAUGCCGCAGCCGCCGAGGCAGGAGGCAGCGGUGACCCCUCCAAUAUCCUUUACUCCCAUCUCACCAAAGAGACUGAGACGCCAUCGGUCCGGAGCUUGUCCUCCAAUGAACCGAAUGCCGAGGCCGAUGAGGCCACCGAAACCGAUCUCGAGGGUGAAGUGGAGGCCGAGGCGGACGCAGAGGGUGGGGGAAAACCAGAGGAUCUAUCGGCAGCUGGCAAGGUGAUGACGCCCACGCAAAGUCCCGUGGCCAAUUCACCGAAUGGCAACAGUAGUCCCAAUAAGAUGACCAACAACCCGGAAGAGUCACAAAAUGAUCCUCCGAGUGACUGCAAAAAGAUCCUGGACAAUAUGCUGUUCAAGAUUGGGGCGCCACUGAACCCGGAACCGGAAGCGGGCUGUGACUCAGAGGGCAGCUUCAAUGACACUAACAACACUCACACAAACAACAAUGAUGUCAGCGCCAGCAAUAAUAACAAUAAUAACAAUUCCAACAAGACCGACGAGGAGGAGAAGGCCAGAUAUCUGCAGGAGUGUAGCGGGGAGGAUGACGAGGAUGUGGAGGCCAUACGCCAUGGCGAGAAGUUUCUGCAAUGGCUGGAGAACUGCAGCAAUCCCCGGGUGACAGCGGUCCAAUUGAUGCAGCUACGUUUCCUGAUCGCCGCCAUCAAGUCGGGCAAUGAGAUGGCCCCAGUUCCGGUUCCCACUCCCAGUGCGCCGGCCGUGUCCUGCGAUCCGGACAAUGCCGAGGAUACCGCCGGUGAGCUGGAGGAGAGCAACAGCCGGGGCAAGAGCCGACGCCGCAAAUAGGAAAAACCAAAGUUGGCGCCUACGGAGCCAGCCACGGAUACGAACACAAAUACGAAUGACUCGAGCCAGCCGGUGCUCCUG